AUGGCCUGCUGUGCUUCGGGGAAAUUCCGGACACCGUUGGAGAUCCAUGCCAGAUCGUUGCCAGAUGAAGCAGAUGCUGCUUCGAUGCUCUUCCCCAUGUACACCGUGGCAUCGGAGAUUCUGCUGAAGAUGACGAAGGUGGAGCCACACGAGGAGUUGAAGGCACGGGGCGAGCUCACCGUCUUCAGUGAGUACAUCGGGAGGGCAGCCUUCGUGUCGCACCAGUGGCUUGCCAAGCACCACCCCGACCCCGACUUCAAGCAGAUGCACACGCUACAGGGUGCUGUCCGGCAGCUCCUGAGGGGCCGUGGAUGUGUUUCACUGGACGGAACCACGGAAAGCAUUGUGCGAACGGCCAAGCCGUUCCCGAUGGAUUCCUUUCAGGUGGAGGCGCUCUUUUUCUGGUACGACUAUUUCUCAUGCCCACAGCGGAGGCAGCACAAUGAUGGAGGAGACGGCAGCCAGCAGGCCCACGCAAUUGGCAGCAUCCCAGCCUAUGUAGCAAGGAGCCACUUUUUUCUGGCGCUCUGCCCUGUACUCGAUUGUCCCUUGGAGGCCAAGGUGUUGUCCGUGGAAAGUUGGAGUUCAAGAGCCUGGUGCCGCCUAGAAAGAGCUGCACGCGAGCUGUCACCAGAAAAAAUCUGGAUUCUGAUAGAGAGCGAGACGUCGAUUCAAACCGUCGGCACAGCACUCUCCUUUCCGACUGGCCCCGUCGGGGAAGGCGAUUUCACGAUCGAGGACGAUCGCCAGAAGGUGGCCCCUGUUUUGCGGAAGAUCCUUAUGCACAAGCUGAACCACUGCUUGCGGAUGGGCGACCUCCCUGCAUUCCGGCGCCAUUUCAACCUGCAGACAGUUCAUCUGCGUGGGCUGGAGAUCCCACCAGUGGGUGGCAUGCUCUCCAGCUGCGAGGGCGAUGGUAAUGUAGUAACAGAGUUUCUGCACCAGAACGGAUUGAGGAACGUCCGCGAGGCUGACAGCGCAGGGUGGCGACCACUGCACUAUGCGGCGCUGGCUGGGAAUCUCGCAGUGUUGCGAGGCCUGCUGGAGCAGCGUGCAGAUGUGAAUUGGCGGACGUCGAAGGACGAGCCGAUGUUGGGCUUUCCGAUUUGGAUGUCGGCGCUGGACUUGGCGACUUUCUUCAAGCACCACGAGGCCACGCAGUUGCUUCUGACGGCGAGGGCCCACCUUGAGGGCGGACUGGCCCCCAGCCUGAACUUUGCAGCCUCUUCUGACAAUGUCCAGGGCAUCCGAUUGCUGUGUCAAGCGGGUGGCAAGCCCCUGGGCCAAAGCUUGCUUGGUAUCAGCAGCUUUGAGGCUGCGACCUCUUCGGGAGCCACAGGAGCCCUGGAGGAGCUGAUGCUACAGGCCUGCCCGGGUUCGCUGAGUCUUUCCCGAGCACUCUGGUUCGCUGCAGCCUCUCGGGGUGGUUCUGCGGAACUGGUACACCGCCUGAUCGGCCUUCGGGCUGAUAUCAACUUUCAAGUCAACUUGCGACGCGACUUCAGGAGACUGAACCGGCUGUUUCUUGGUUUAAAGUCUUUGGAGUAUCAGAUGGGCCGAACCACUGUUCUGGCGACCGUUGCUUACCACAUGGAUGGCAGCACGCCGCUGAUGCACUUUAUCAAUUCUUCUCAGUUCGAGGGUGCCGCAGCUCUCAUCGCGGCCGGCGCUAAGCUGGACAUUCGGAACUGCCGCAACUGGACUGCGGCCGACUUUGCCAAGGGCCGGUCGAUUCCUGAUUUCCUGCAGCUGGGCCUGGAGGGUGACCGAUCGGAGUGCCGGCGGGUGUUCUCACUGGCGCUGGCUGAUGGGUACGUGGAAGUUCCGUUUUGA